AUGAUACGUUUAUGUAUAGAGCUCUUUUCUUACCAUUAUAAACCAUUUCAAAAGCUUGUCCCCCUUCUGUUUUAACGAUAUUGGGAAGUAAUCUCUAUUUCACAUAUUUUAAAAACACAUAAAAAAAAGAAUUUAAUUACAAUUCUUUUAAUUUUUACUAACAGAUUAAUAUUAUUACCUAUAAUUGGAUUGAUAACUGUUUUGCUUUUAGAUUAUUUAGGUAUAAUGACAGAUUUAUGUGAAUUAUUCAUUUUGUUUAUUACUUUUUGUACUCCAUCAGCAAUCACUAUUUUGGACAUGGCAAAACAAUAUCAAUAGUAAUUAGAGGAUGUAGUUUCAUUAAUGCUUUUUUAUGGAUAUAUAUUAUGCAUUAUAACCCUACCUGUUUGGAUGACAAUAUAUCUUGCGAUUUUUUAACCCAAAAAAUGA